UGUCUGUCUGUCUGUCCGUCUGUCCAUCAGCCAACCAUGUUUCAACCACUGCACUAUCUGCUUCUAGCCUCUGCUGUGCUGCUCUGCAACAGUGCCCCCACCCACCUGCAUGGAGGCUCAGAUACAAAGUGUCCUCUGAUGGUGAAAAUCCUGGAUGCGGUGAAGGGAACGCCGGCCGGAUCGGUGGCGCUCAAGGUGCAUCAAAGGAGUGCUGAUGGGGGAUGGACACAGAUUGCUAAUGGAGUGACAGAUGACAAUGGAGAGAUUCAUAAUCUGAUCACAGAGCAGGCCUUCCCAGCAGGAGUGUAUCGGGUUGAAUUUGACACCAAGACUUAUUGGAAGAGUCAGGGGAGUACACCUUUCCAUGAAGUAGCUGAUGUGGUGUUUGAGGCCCAUGCUGAAGGUCAUCGUCACUACACCUUGGCCUUGCUGCUCAGUCCGUUCUCCUACACCACCACCGCUGUGGUCUCAGACACACACCAGUGAUACACUGGUACCGUUAUUCCACAAACACACUAUCGAUUCACCUUGAGGAGGUUUUAGAUUUAGCUGCAUUGGUUUCAAGUGAUUUAGAGGUUACAGUGAUUUGAUGUUCAACUCUCGAAGCCUUAUUAUUUACCGUCAAUCUGUAUUUUAAGUUAUGUACUAUUUGUGUUCUGUGCAAGUUUUAAGGAGGCUGGUGAUAGGAGUUUUAGCUCAAUGUUUUGUUUGAAAGGAAAUUUCUGAUGCUAGACAACAAUGACAUAAGACAUAUAAAAUACUCUGCUUUAAAUAACAA